CGAAAAAUAAAAACAUCCACCUAUCCACCAGAGAGAAAUCGCGUAAUAUUUUGAAAUUCGUCAGAAAUUUAUGAUUUACAGCUAGAAAUAUUGUUUUAAAAGUAAAUUUUACUGUGUGUUCAGGUGGAGGAGUAUUAAGGGUUGCGAUCGAUUCUUAAGUUAAGUGCGUUGGGUGUGGAAAUCUAUUGUUAAGGCUGAAUUAUAAGAAAGCAGCUGCAAUUGAAGUCGUUGUUUGUCGACUUUGCCAUUGGUCCAUGGCAGAAAGGACACGUCGCCGUUAGAGCAAAUUUUCCCCCAAAAAGGGUUCGGUGGAAUGGUCGAGCGGUUGAAGAUGCGGUGGUUUGCGGCGACGACGUUGCUGCUGGUGAUGAUUUUUCUUAGCCAGUUGACAAACGCUGAGUUGGAACUUAAGGGCCCGGAAGAGGGCAACACUAAGAAGAAGGAUGCAGCUGGAGAAGAGCGAGAUGGCACCGGGUCGGACUCAGGGACCGAAACAAGUAAUAUGAGGAAAUCAACGGAAGAGUUGGAAUUCUGGAAAUCUUUGGAAGAAUCAGUUCUAGGGAAGGAAGCCGACAGCAGGCAACAGGUGGGGGACAAGAAGAGCGAUAAAUCCGGUAUGUUCGAGGGUCUUCCCGAUGAUAUUCAAUUCAUGAGAUCGGCUAUUAAAAUUGUAAAGGCACCGGAUUUGUCCCAGGAUAAGGAAAACCGUAAGAUGUCGGAAAUGUUGAACGAACUGUUGGAGAAUCACGAACGAAUGAUUCUGAAGAUAGAGAGUGAAAUUGAGGAAAUAAAUCGAAUGACCCCUGAGGAUGAAGAGGAGGAACCUAGAGUUUUAUCACCGGAGGAAAUCGAAGCUCAGGAAGCAUACGACAGGGCAAUGGUUGUGAUGAAUCGAACCAAAGUAGAUAAACUGCAAGGGCAUAAGCUAAUGCUGGAAGCCGCUGGGAAAGGACAUUCACUUGCCAGAUGUCAUGUGGCUUGGGCUCAGCUACUCGGAAAUCCGGUUCACAUGGACAUCGAAUCGGCGAAGAAAACCUUUUUGGAGCUUGCAGAACAAGGGCUUCCGGAUGCUCAGAUGGGGCUGGGCUUUAUGUAUGCGACAGGGGUCGGCUUCAAUGUAAGCCAAGCUAAGGCCUUGGUUUACUAUACGAUGGCUGCCAUUGGGGACAACUCUUGGGCACAGAUGGCGCUCGGCUACCGGUACUGGGCAGGCGUGGGCGUUCCUAAUAGUUGCGAAACGGCGCUGGACUACUACCGGAAAGUGGCCACAAAGGUUGCGGAUCAGGUGACCUUUUCCGGUGGUGCAGCCAUUCACAGAAUUCGGUUGCUGGAUGAAAUUGAAAACUCGGGCCCGAGCUCAGGCAUUUUGGAUAAUGACCUGAUCGAUUACUACCAGCUGUUGGCGGACAAGGGCGACGUUCAAGCACAGGUCGGCUUAGGACAAUUGCACUACCAGGGUGGACGGGGAAUUACGCUGGAUCACCAGAAAGCUCUGCAAUACUUCAGUCAGGCGGCUAACGCUGGAAAUGCGGUGGCCAUGGCUUUUCUGGGAAAAAUCUAUCUUGAGGGAAGCGAUAAUAUCAAGGCGGACAACGACACUGCCUACAAGUAUUUUCGGAAGGCGGCUGAACUGGGCAAUCCUGUCGGACAGAGUGGAUUGGGUAUUAUGUAUCUACACGGUAAAGGAGUUGCUAAAAACACGGCUAAAGCGCUAAAAUAUUUCACGCAAGCUGCCGAUCAGGGUUGGGUCGAUGGACAACUACAGCUGGGAAAUAUGUAUUUCAGUGGGAUUGGUGUCAAGCGUGACUUCAAACUGGCUACGAAGUAUUUCAACCUUGCUUCUCAAUCGGGACAUGUGCUGGCGUUCUAUAAUCUGGGUCAAAUGCAUGCGGUCGGUUUGGGUAUGAUGCGUUCCUGCCCGACGGCGGUCGAAUUGUUUAAGAACGUUGCCGAACGUGGCAAAUGGGCCGAACGGCUGAUGGCUGCCCAUCACGACUAUCGCUUGUAUCGAUUUGAGGAAGCUUUCGUGCAGUACGCGUUGAUGUCCGAGCUUGGUUAUGAGGUAGCGCAAAGUAAUGCAGCAUUUUUGUUGGACCGUGGCGAAGUCAAUCUGUUCAAAAAUCGGAACGAAGAACUUAUCCGGGCCUUACAGUUUUGGGGUCGGGCGGCAGCCCAGGGAUAUUCUGCGGCCCAAGUGAAACUUGGCGAUUAUCACUACUACGGUUUGGGUACGACCGUUGACUACGAAACGGCAGCCUCGCAUUAUAGGAUGGCUUCAGAGCAGCAGCACAAUGCCCAAGCUAUGUUCAAUCUGGGCUACAUGCACGAACAGGGUUUGGGAAUGAAAAAGGACAUGCAUCUAGCCAAACGAUGCUAUGAUUUGGCGGCAGAGACUAGCCCGGAUGCCAAAGUUCCAGUUACGCUCGCUUUGAUGAAACUGCAACUGAUGUUCAAAUUCGAAUCACUUCAAGAGUCCCCUUUCAGUUUCCUGCUGAAUCUGAACGAAAACAUUGUCUCCAACUGGGAUCUGUAUCUGAUAACGGUUCUGACCGUACUUUUCGGAGCUGCCCUUUACUUCCGAAGGCCUCAGCCACCGACAGCGGAAGGUGGAGGUGCCAACGAUCAUCAUAACCACAACCCCCGACAGCCGACGCCACAGCCACCGGAACCCGAUGAAGACGAUAACCAGCAACAGCAACCGACGGAUGAGCAUAUCGACGGAACAUCAUCGGAAAGAACCCGUCAACGAACUUCCGGAACGCCACAGCGGGAACAACAACGUGAAGAUGGUCCCCAGUAGAUAAACGGGAAGGGGGAGAGACCGAAACGGUGACGAACGCAACAACAAUCUAGUUUAUCGGCAUCGAUUGCGUAUAUUGCGAGAGAGAAAAGUUUCUUGCAGUUGUUGGGUGGGUGAAUUAACAACUUUUUCAUUUGAGAACCACUCGAUUAAAGUGUUGCCAAUAAUUCGUGCCCGACACAGCUUAUUUUUUUCCAAGGUCUGUGUUUAGUCAUUUAACAAGUGAAGCGGUGUGUUCCGUCGAUUAGUUUAUAAAAUUCGAAAGAAGAGAAAUAUUUUGUAUUUUUAUAAUCGCAUUUCCUUUAUUGUUUUGUUUUAUUAUUUUACUAUUAAAUCGAAAAUCUUUCUGAUAAUCAACAGAAAGGGAAACACUUCGUAAACUGAAAAGGAUGGUGGUAAAUAUAAGCGUGUAGAGCAAUAUGCUUCUCUAAGUUGACAUCACCUGUUAGAUUGAUUCGGUGAUAAUUUCUUUCCUAAAUCUGUAAAACACAAGCGAUUUUUUGUUUUGUGAUUCCUGAUUGAUAAUGAGUUCCCGAGCGCCUCUGGAUUAAAAGAAUAUUAAAUAAAAUCAGCUGAGUUGCGAGCAACUCUUCAAAGUAACUAUAUUAUGGUGGAAAUGGAGCAGCAAGAUUGAAUGCAUUGAAACAGUUGAACGAGAAUGAAAAAUCAUUAAUAAAAAAUAGUCUUUAAUUA